AUGAUGGCCAAGAAGGUGGGCGACUAUCGCCGCGAGGCCUAUGCUCAGAAGGGCUUGGCCACGGCUAUGCUGAUGCAGGAGCGGCCCAGGGAGGCGCUGCGCCGCGCCACGGACUGCGCGGAGCGGCUGAAGCAGCUGGGGGACCUCAAGGGCGAGGCCAAGGCGUUGCACUUCCUGGUAGAGUUGCAGUGCCAGGCGCGGCAGACGCAGGAGGCGCAGCGCGCGGCCAAAGAUGCGCAGCGGCUUUACAAGGAAGUGGGCAACUUCAAGGGCGCGGUGGCUGUGUUGCAGCUCCUAACAGCCCUACACCUGGAGUCCGGAGCCAACCACGAUGCGAUCCAAUGCGCGCGAGACCAGGUGAAGGUGUACCGGGAAGCCGGGUUCAAGGAGGAGGAGGCUGCCGCCACCCUGGGCUUAGCGGAGAUGAUGCAGCAGACCAUGGGCCCCCGGGACGCUCUGCGCCUCUGCAAAGAUGCUGCCUCCCUGUCGAGAGCGGCAGGGGACAUCGCCGGGGAGGCCCGCGCUUUGGCGCAGGUGACGCAGAUGCAUCUGGCGCUGAAGGCGACGAGCAUGGCCACCAAGACGGCAACGGAGGCGGAGGAGUUGGCGCGGCAGUCUGGAGAUCCGCGGACGCUGUGCACCACGUUGCAGGCCUGCGCUGAGGCGGAAACCGCAGCUGACAGGUUCACAGAAGCCCUGCAGAUGGCCAAGGAGGCCCUGCAGCUGGCCGAGAAGGCUGUAAAGGACGAGCCUAUGAGAGCUUCUGCUUUGGCCUGCCUCGGCUCCGUGCAUUUGCAGAUGGGCCAUUAUGAUGUGAACAACCCCGGGGUGCGCAGCCGGCCCCGGGGGCUCAAGGAGUGCCUGAAGGUCAGUGAAGAGGCUCUGGCACUGCACCGCAAGCUCGGGGAUCGCUCCGGCGAGAUGGGCGGAGUGCAGCGGAUCUUCCAUGCACACCUCAUUGGUCAAGAUGGUCCGGCGUCCCUGCGCUAUGCCCGCGAGUACAUGGAAAUGGCACAGCAGAGCGAUCAGAAGGACAACUUGGGCCCGGCCUUAGUCUCUCUGUGCCAGGCUCACUUCCUGUGCCGCAACUACGAGGAGGCCGAAAGGGCCAAUGUGGAAGCCCGCGCCAUCUUCGAGAAAUCCCGGAGCCAUGAGAACAUCGAGGUCUGCGACCAGAUUAUGCGGGAGCUGAAGCAAGAGAUGGCCCGGGACCAGCGCCCCACGCAGCCCAUGGGCAAGGCACACACUGCCGUGGGCGUCGGCGGUUUUGGCUACAACUCGCUCCUGCCCGAGCGACAGCAGGCGAGGUCCCCGCCCAGCGGCCCUGGUCUGCCUGUGGGGGGCUUUGCGGCUGCCGGCACAGAGAUGCCGGCGCCGGAGAAGACGACGCCCAGCAACGACAAGAGCGCCCAACGCUUCUCCGACGGUCUUAGAGGUGCCUUCAGCCGGCAAAGCGCCGCCGCCGCCGCCGCCGCGCGGAGCGCACCGGAGCCGGCGCCAGUGCCGGCGCCGGCGCCGACGAGGAGUGCGCCCGCUAUGAAUGGAAGCACCGCCAAUGCACGCAAUGGAAGCGCCAUGAACGGCGCUGGCACCAGCAGCUCCAGCUACAGCGGGCGCUCGGCAGCCGGAAGCGGCGCUUUGGGGGGGCCGCGCUCGGGCGGCUUAGGCGCGGGAGGCCUGGGGUCGAGCCGCUCCAGCGGGUAUGGCAGAGCCAAUGGCGGCGGCAGCUAUGGAGGCAGCAGCUAUGGAGGUGGCUUAGGUUCGAGCUCAAGCCGCUAUGGCAGCUAUGGCAGCUCUGCCAACAGCACCAGACCAGGAUACGGUGCCCCUGCGGGUGUGCCGGCGGGGGGCUUCGGGGGCCGCGGUGUGCCGGCCGGUGGCUUCGGCGGAGCGAGCGCGCCGGAGCGAAGCGCACCCCAGGAUGCGGAGAGGAGAUCCGGGCGAUCUGCCUUCGCUGGCUUCUCCAGAAGCGACAGAAGCACAGGCGGAGAAGAGUAA